CCCUACCCAACCCACCGGCGGCGGCGAAGAUGGUGAAGUUCCUCAAGCCCGGCAAGGCGGUGAUCCUCCUCCAGGGCCGGUUCGCCGGCAAGAAGGCCGUGAUCGUGCGCGUCUUCGAGGAGGGCACGCGCGACCGCCCCUACGGCCACUGCCUCGUCGCCGGCCUCGCCAAGUACCCCAAGAAGGUGAUCCGCAAGGAUUCGGCCAAGAAGACGGCCAAGAAGUCGCGCGUCAAGUGCUUCCUCAAGCUCGUCAACUUCACCCACCUCAUGCCCACCCGCUACACCCUCGACGUCGACCUCAAGGACGUCGCCUCCGGCGGGCCCGACGCCCUCGCCACCAAGGACAAGAAGAUCGAGUCCGCAAAGGCCGCCAAGGCGCGUCUCGAGGAGAGGUUCAAGACCGGGAAGAACAGGUGGUUCUUCACCAAGCUUCGCUUCUAGGAGCAAAGCAAAGCGCCUUUUACAAUACUUCUAGUAGUUGCUUGUUCUUUCUUCUAUCAAUCCCCUACACUAAGCAAUCUAUGUUUUGGUAUUGCCUAUGAAGAUUGGUUAGUUUGGAUCUCGCAGAGAAAUUUGAUCAAGACAUGGUAAUGUUUUGUGUGUUAAAUCAUGCUAAGGAUACAUCUGGCUGCAAUUUUGUUGACAAGUACAACAUGAGCUGUUUAUUUCCUUGUUA